AAAUAGCGGAGUUAAAUCAGUAAUAAGCACUAAAAAAGAAAAAAAAAUUUUUUUUUUCUAUCUUUUUUAACUUACAUUUUAUCCCUAAAAAAUGGAGUUACCCAACCUUAAUAUCAUCACAUCACAAGGUUCCCUUAAGGAAGCUUUAUUAGAGGUAAAUGCAGAUGGUCUUAUUCUCAUCUUUUCCAAAAAGGAAUCGCUGACUUCAGUUAUUCCUUCCGUCCAACGCCAUUUGGAACUUGAUGGUACAUUUGGUGAUGACCUUCAAUUGGUUUUACCUUCUGAUGGUGAACCCUAUGAACGCAUCUUGAUUGCCCCUACUGGUUCACUCACCAAUGAUUUUGAUGAUGUACGUCGUUUUAAAGACUGUGCUUAUGAAGCUGGUCAACGUGCCCUUAAGGUCGGUAUCCGUCGUCCUCUCGUUUGUUUUGCUGACCCACCACAGACACCUCCUUCAGCUUGGACCUUUAACGAUCAACUUCAUGAUUAUCAACAUUAUUUACAAGUAACCAUGUUGGCCAUGUUGGAAGCUGAAUUCGAACCCAUCGAUGUUCGUCGUCAUCGUGCUCCUAUUCAAUUCGAGUCACUUACUUUCUUGACAGAGGAUCAACUCGAUGUGGAAACAAUAUUAAAGGAGGUUCGUGCAAUGGAAGCAGGUCGUCGUGUGUGUAAAGAUAUUGGUAACCCAGAUCCUGAAAUCAUGUCACCCAUCAACAUUGCCAAUUAUAUUAAGGAACAAUUUGCCAACCUUGAUAACGUUAAAGUAACUGUAAUGGAGGAUAUUGAAGAAAUUAAAAAGAAUUAUCCUUUAGCUCAUGCUGUCACUAGAGCUUCUUUAGCUGUUGAAAGACAUCAUCCACGUAUUGUUCAUUUUGAAUACAAGUCACCUGAUCAGUCUCAAGUGAAAGAAAAUCUUUAUUUUGUAGGUAAGGGUGUCACUUAUGAUACAGGUGGUGCUGAUAUCAAAUGUAGUGGACAUAUGCGUGAUAUGUCUCGCGAUAAAUGUGGUGCAGCUGCUGUUGCUGGUUUCUUCAAAACGAUUUCAAUGUUGAAUCCAACCAAAGUCAAUGUAACAGGUGGAUUAGCUCUUGUACGUAAUUCAGUAGGACCCGACAUGUAUGUCUCAGAUGAAGUCAUCGUCUCACGUAACGGCACACGCGUCUUAGUAGGCAACACAGAUGCAGAAGGUCGUAUGGUGAUGACCGACUUACUUUGUGAAUUUAAGGAACGAGCCAUUGCUUCCGAAUCUUCUCAACCUUCAUUAUUAUUUACAUGUGCUACCUUGACGGGCCAUGCCAUCCGUGCUUAUGAUGGCUAUGGUAUUACAUUAGAUAAUGGUGUAGCACGUCAAAAUAAGGUAAGUCGACGUAUUCAUGAUGCGGGUCAUGUCUUGGGAGACCCCUUUGAGAUCUCUACAUUACGUCGUGAAGAUUUAACAUGUGUGAGACCUGGAAGAUCAAGUGAAGACCUCGUCUCUGCUAACGAUCAACCUUCUACCAUGACCAAUCGUGGUCAUCAAUACCCUGCUGGUUUUAUGUUGCAGGCAUCUGGUUUGAACAAGCAUGGUAUUGAUGGUGAUAUCAAAUUAGGAUAUACACAUUUGGAUGUUGCAGGUUCCGCUGAGACAACAGGUGCAGUUGGUUGGAGUUUACCUCGCGUUACUGCAUCCCCCAUUUUAGCUCUUACAGGUGCUUUCCUUCUUUAAAGGAAAACACAACAAACAAACAAACACACACACGCACAUACACACACACACACACAAAUGACUUUUUAUAUGAAAGAAAUAAAAAACAAAAAUUUAUAAUUUA